AAAUAGUUUCAGAUCAGGCUUCUAGAAUUGUACUCCAUGCAAUCGGGUGAUCUAUUCUCCGUCGUAUUCUUCAGGUAAUGUAUUCUUGACAAUAUUCUAAUUGAGAUACGCGUACAAACGACAGCAAAAGAGAUCAAGCGCUAAGAAGACUUUACAUCAUCAACCAAGGAACGUUAAAUGCCUCGCAGGGCUGAGAAUCCUGAAGGCGGGUCAGAAAUGCGGCACAGGAGGCGCCGAUCAUGAACAUAGCCUCGCUAAAGGCCCUUGGCUGCAGUAUCGCGACCUCUUCCUCAUGAUAUAUAAGAAGACCAGAUUUCCAUCUAUUUAAUGGCAAUAACUGCAAUAUCAUCAUGGCGAAUCAAGACAAUAUUGAGCUGAGCUCCCCAAGCCAGCAACAAAACCAAAAAUCAGCCGAGGGACGAACAUUACAUGUCCACUUCUCCUGGAAAAAGUUCAAAACACUCAUCACCGAAGGAGACGACCCAAAAUCCAAACCCCUCUACAUCGUAGACUACAAAAGCUUCAAGCCAAACCUCAUCUUCACCAACGCUCAAGACAAAACGACUUUCGGCACCGGAACCCUGCACCCGGUAUCCAUCAACGCGGACUGUGACUUUCGCGGCCGACAUAUCCAAAUCAAAGCCCUAAAGCGCUGGAAGACGGCGUACGAACAUCAUUCACUCACGUACUCCGACACCGAGACUCCAGUGACCAUGACCUGGACCAGCGACAGCGAUUUCAAGACCUGGGAUUUCAUCUGUCUGGACCCGCAGCAGAACCCCGUGGCGAAGUUUGCAGCUAAUUUAUGGGAUCUGAAGAAGAUUGGGAAGAUUGAGUUUCUGGGACCGAAGGCGGCUAUGAGCGAAGCGCUGAGGGAGGAGCUUCUUGUUACGGGGAUGACGUUGUUUUAUUGUAUGACGCUUCGUGCGACUAGUAUUGUUUCUUUCUUUGGUGCUAUUUUUGCGCGGCCAGGACAUGUUGAGCCGGAGGGACCGACGACUUCGGAGCAUGUACCAGGCGUGGAGGAGGGUCGUGUUCCAGGUGUAGAGGAAAGUCAUGUUGGAAGUUCUUCACAGUCUCAUUAAAUUUUGCUGUUUUUGAUAUCCCCUUGUUCGAAUGAUAGCAAUAUAGAGCUUCUGCUUCAAUGCAUGAUUUUACCAG